GACUCCCCUCUAAGAAUUUGCCCUGAGGUUCAUGUGAGGGGGACCGGAGCUAGAGGCUGAUUUAAAAAAACGUUCUUCCCUUUUUAAAAGGGGAGGGGGGAGAGAAUCAGACGUUAAAUUCUUUUGCAAACAUUCAUGCCUAAGGAAGGGCUGGAACAGGCAGCCCCGGCCGCCGGAACCGGUCGGACAGGUAGCGAGCUUGUUGACACCGUUAUGUUGCAGGGCGCAUGCUCACUCCCAAGUUUCCUGGUGCCUUUUCUAUUCCACCUUAUGAAACUUUUUCCUCGGCGUGGUCUCACCCGCGAUUUAAGGCAUAGGUGUCGCCGAGCCUGGAGGCUGGGAGUCGCCGGGCGCGCGGGGGAGAGGCCUGGGCCGCGGCGCGGCGGGGGCUGGAGGGAGAGGGCCAGCGAGGCGGGAAGGUGGGCUCUGGCCGCCGGGAGCCGGGGACCGAGCCCCCGCCGCAGCCUGUAGCGGGGAGCAGGGGAGGAGGGGGCCGCACGAUGCCCAAAGUCUUCCUGGUGAAGAGGAGGAGCCCGGGGGUCUCCGUCCGCAGCUGGGAUGAGCUCCCAGACGAGGAAAGGGCCGACACCUACAUCCCAGUGGGCCUGGGCCGUCUGCUCCACGACCCCCCCGAGGACUGCCGCAGCGACGGCGGCAGCAGCAGCGGCGGCGGCAGCAGCAGCGCGGGGGAGCCUGGAGGCGCAGAGAGCAGCUCGUCCCCGCGCGCCCCGGAGCGCGAAAUCCCCGAACCCGGCGACGCCGAGGGCCCCGGCGGACACCUGGCGGCGACGCAGCGCCCGGGCGCCAGGUCGAAAAUCAAGUUCACCACAGGCACGUGCAGCGACCCAGCGGCCCACAACUGUGAUCUGUGCGGCAAGGGCUUCCGCCUGCAGCGCAUGCUCAACCGCCACCUCAAGUGCCACAACCAGGUGAAGAGGCACCUGUGCACCUUCUGUGGCAAGGGUUUCAAUGACACCUUUGACCUGAAGAGGCACGUCCGCACGCAUACAGGCAUUCGCCCCUACAAAUGUGACAUCUGCAACAAAGCCUUCACCCAGCGCUGCUCCUUGGAGUCGCAUCUGAAGAAGAUCCACGGGGUGCAGCAGCAGUACGCCUACAAACAACGUCGGGACAAGCUUUAUGUCUGUGAGGAUUGUGGCUACACGGGGCCCACCCAGGAGGACCUGUACCUGCACGUGAACAGUGCCCACCCGGGCAGCGCCUUUCUCAAAAAGACGUCCAAAAAACUAGCGGCUCUUUUGCAAACCAAGCUGAUGUCCACACGCCAGGGGAAUGCCAACCUGAGCGAGGAGGAGAAGUGAAGAGGAGGAGGAGCUGGGAGAAACUCCAGAGCUGGCACGUUGAUAGGAAUUUGGGGUUUGGAAGGUCCCCCACCUUACGUGGGUUUCGUUCAUUCCCCUGUCCUUCCAGGGCCUGAACUGGGGGAUCUGUUCUAAUAAGGGUUGUCAAUGAUCAUAGAGGAGCCAGGCCCCCCGUAACCCACAUCCUGUUGAACAGUCACAUUAACAAAAGUUUGUGUUGAUCAUGA